AUGUCGACCUCCACACAAGCCCCCUCAAACUCCACCCCUCCCACCUCCACCACCACAGCCCCCGCCCAAGCCGACCCCGAUCCCGACCCCGCGCGCACCUCCACCGCACGCACAGCGCUCAAGACCCACCUGAACGCCCUCGGCGCCUCACACACCGCACCUCUUGAGCGGCGCGCCAAAGACAUCCAAUCUACCUCUACCACCCUCUCCACCCAACAAAGCCAAUUGGAAAAAGAAACGAAAGAGCUGGAGAAAGAGAGGAAGGGGUUGGAGAAGGAGGCGGAACGGCAUCAGAAGAAAUUGAAGGAAUUGGGGGAUGUGCAGAAUUGGGCCGAGGUGCUGGAGAGGGAUUUGAGGGUUAUGGAAGAGACUGUGCGGUUGGGGGAGGGGGAGGAUGUGGAGGGCUGGGAGGAGGGCUGGGAGGAUGUGGAGGAGGAAGGGAGAAUAGAAGAGGCAGGGGGAGAGGUGGAUGGGCGGAAGAUAGAGGGAGGAGAAGGUGCGAAGGGGAAGGUGGAGGGGAAGCCGUGA